AAACUUUUGUGGCAUUAAAACAUUCUUGCGGGGAUUUGAGAGGCUUUAAAUCGCACACGCGCUUUCACUGGGACAUAAACACACAUAUAAAGUCUUGCACUGUAGCGCAGCGGCCAGCAGUGAGAAGUAUCUGACAAUGGCUUCAUACACGUUACCGGAGGGAUUCAGUGACUUUGACAUGUUCGCCUUCGGCUCCGCGCUGCUGGUGGGCGGUCUUCUUGGUUUCUUCCUUAACUUUAUCUCGAUCAUGGCGUUCCUCAGAAUCCGGGAGAUGCAGACGCCCAAUAACUUCUUCGUCUUUAACCUGGCUGUGGCCGAUCUGAGCCUCAACAUUAACGGUUUAGUGGCUGCUUACGCCAGUUACCUGAGGUAUUGGCCGUUUGGGUCGGAGGGGUGCCAGAUUCACGCUUUUCAGGGAAUGGUUUCGAUUCUCGCCGCCAUCAGUUUUCUGGCUGCCAUUGCUUGGGAUAGAUAUCAUCAGUACUGUACCAAGCAGAAGAUGUUCUGGAGCACGUCUGUGACCAUCAGCACCAUCAUCUGGAUCCUGGCCGUGUUCUGGGCAGCUCUGCCACUGCCGGCCAUUGGCUGGGGCGUCUUUGACUUUGAGCCGAUGAAAACAUGCUGUACACUCGACUACACACAAGGAGACCGGAAUUACAUCACCUACAUGCUGUCCAUCACUGUACUGUAUUUAGCGUUCCCUGUUAUGGUUUUGCAGUCCUCCUACAAUGCCAUCUAUGCUUAUUUCAAAAAGACGCACCACUUUAAGUUUAACACGGGUUUACCUCUGAAAGCGCUGCUGUUCUGCUGGGGUCCGUAUGUUCUGAUGUGCACAUACGCCUGCUUCGAGAACAUUAACCUCGUUUCACCAAAGCUCAGAAUGGUCCUCCCGGUGCUGGCCAAGACGUCUCCGAUCUUCCACGCCGUCCUGUAUGCGUUCGGGAAUGAGUUCUACCGUGCAGGAGUCUGGCAGUUCCUCACUGGGCAGAAAUCUGGAGACAAAAAGAAAUAGUGAAAGAGCUUCAGCCAUGUAAUGUUGUAUUCAAAUGAGUCUGCAAGAGUUUACACGUGAUUUGACUGUAAUUCACUGUAUAUGUCAAAUCAGUGCCUAAAACAUUUGAGAUAUU